ACAUCUCGCAAGACCAUCAUCCAUUUGUGGGCCCAAACGCGCGAUCACCGCCAAAACAUGACUCGCACCGCCCUUCCGACCCUCCUUUCUACCUGUAACCAUCUGUGUCGGCGGACAUAGUAUCCUACUCUUCCGCACUACUUAUCCUCACUGGCUCUAGCCAAGACCCAACUUGAAGAGAUCAUACUAGGCUUCGCUGAGUCCGUAUCCUAGAACUCUUCUUGAAGGAGAUCAACAUGGCAUUCCUUCUUGCUGCAUUCAACGAGGCAUUGGUGACCAAGCCCUUGCUAACCCGGUCCGCGACAUCAAUGUCGAUGUUCGCGCUAGGUGAUAUCAUGGCGCAGCAGUUCGUCGAGGCCAAGGGGUUAAAGCACGACCCAAUCCGGACGGGGCGUGCAGCGUUCUACGGCGCGACGGUUUUUGGCCCAACGUACACGACGUGGCUCAAGUGGUUGAAUAGCUUGAAGUUCUCGUCGAGGCCCAAGGAGAUCAUAUGCAAGGUCUUCCUUGACCAGUUCGUCUAUGCACCGACCAUCAUUGCGACGUAUUUCACGACGAUGACGUUCAUGGAGGGAAAGACUGCGGCCGACGCGAAGGAACGGCUACGAACGGCGUAUCUACCUGCGGUGACACGGAGCUGUUCAAUAUUUGUUCCCGCGCAAGCACUCAGCUUCUCCCUUGUCCCGGUGCAGUAUCGUUUCUUCGUCGUCACAACAAUCUCGCCGUUCUGGAAUACCUACCUCAGCGCGGUCAAUGCGCGAAACGCGCGACUGCAGGAAGCGGAGCGGGCAUCACGCUACGAAGGUCUUGCGGGUGCUUCUAAGCAUGCGCCUGCGUAGUGGACGAGGUGGGUGCACAUAACGGACCACACGUGCUGGGCGAUCGCGUAGAUCGACUUCUAGACUGUACAGCUCAUCAGUACGGUUCACUACAAGCAAUGUUUGUAGUCUCUCAGACGCGAGAAUCUCGACUUUUAACCAACUUUUAACGGUAC